AUUUUACUUAAACUUCGUCAUUCAUUUAAGUUUCAACGACCUCGCCUCUCCCGAACAAAGACUGCACCUGGUCCGAUCCCGAGUUAAAGCGAUUCAAUUCGUUGACUCGAAACUUGGAUCGACGGACUAUCGGCACGUUGAUCUAUUUUGAGUCAUAAAAGAUGCGUUCGACUCAAGGGACCUACCCUCUCUUAGUCUGUGUGCCUAUGGGAAUUCUACACGUUUUGUUACAUUCUUCCCUGCCUUACCUGUUCUCCCUGAAAUAUCCUUCCUACCAAUAAAAUCCUAUAAGGAUGGACGUAACACAUUUAUAUAUAUCAUAUAUAUGUAUACAUAUAUAUUGUAUAUAUAUAUAUAUAUUUUUUUUUUAACUACUAAUUAAUAUCACAUUUGCGUCUUAUGUUGUAGACAAGUGUGUUUUGCAAUGUCACAACCAAGGUUGCCAGAAUUAGUACAAUUGUACUUUUCUAGUACAUUUUAACAGUUUUUACACGAUAGUACAUUUUCUUUUUUUUCUAGUACAUUUUACAAAAAUUUAUAUCUUGUGCGUGCGUGCGUGCGUGCGUGCGUGCGUGCGUGCGUGCGUGCGUGCGUGUGUGUGUGUGUGUGUGUGUGUGUGUGUGUGUGUGUGUGUGUGUUGUAUUACAUAUUAAGUUUUACUUGAUUCUAAUCUAUUACAAUCGACUAGUCACUGUCUAAUCUUUAGGUAGAUCUAUAAUAAUCUUCAGUCAUAAGAAAUUAACCAAUCAUCCGGGAAAAAAUAUUUCAUAUAAAAACAUAUAUAAAUAUAUAUAAAUAUGUCAAUAUAUGUUUAUAUUAGUUUCCUUUCUUUUGUAAAAUUUCUGUUUGAUAUAAAAAAAUAAUAGUCAUACUGAAAAGAUAGAAACUAAUUUUAAAAAUAAUUUUCAUAUUACUUCUUUUAAAAAAGCUAAGUAUAAAAAAUUUUCCAUAUAUAAUCAUAUAUAUUCCGGAAUUUAUAUGAUUAGAAUAUUGAAUUCAUAGUUUCUCCUUAGAAGCUGUAUGUUUAUUGGUCUUUGCAUCACUUCUUGCCGCGCUGCACAAGCGAUUCUACAUCCUGCAGGAAUCAUAAACCUUAUAUAAAUUUUUCAAACUCAAAAUUCUAGUUGACACAGUCCAUAACAUUUUGUUAAAAACAAAUUCCAUUUAAACAUGUAGUAAUAUUUUUUUACAAUUAUACUAAAAAUUUGUUUGAAUUUAGUACAAUCUAGUACAUUUUUAAGUCCGAAUCCUACAUUUUAGCUUUUCAAUUCUGGCAACGUCAAGAUUGUAUGACUCACAGUUUUUUAAAUAUCGUGUGUAUGAAUAUUUGCAUAAAAGCAAUGUAACUAUAACAUGCGAUCGAUGUCGCGUGUGUAUUGCUAUGUGGUGACACAAAAGAAUCCAAAAGUUUUUUUUAAUCUCUUAAUUUUGCGUAACCUAUUGCAUUUUCUUAUAUCUAGUUUUGAUUGAAGGAUCUCUCCCAUAAUUUAAUUGUUUCAAACAAAAAAAUUAUACAUUUAUCAUUUUUGUAUGUAUGUAUAAUGUAUUGAUGGAAUGGAUAAAUACAGUGGGCGUCAUUAAAUAGAUGAUAAACAGAUUAUCUUUCUCGUGAGUGUACGGACAAAUGGCGUAACAUGAUAUUUACAUUCUUUGAUCUAUCUAGAAUAUGCUAUUAUGUUUUUGCGAAUUGAGUAUCCGAGUAGUAUGCUACUCGGCAUUGUGAAAUAAGUUUUGAUGCAGUUCGCAUAACGACUAAAAAAGCAUAACGCGCAAGUGUCAAGCGACAUGAAUAAUAUUAAAUUGGAGCCAUUUGGACGUAAUAUUAAAUUAAACUUUCAUCGAGUACAAGAUUGUCCACAUCGUACUUUUUUGAUUGCGCUGACAUCCGUUGCUUUUGUUACUGUGAUAUUGUCACAACAUACGUCUGAUCAAUCUGUUAUCUUGAAAAAUUUUAUGAAACACCAAAAUCAGCGUGAUAAAGUAUUUAAAUACUUAACACUUUGUACAGCAACAUUUAUUAAGGAAUAUUUUGAAGACCUGGAUCAAAUAUCAUUCUUUCUACCAGAUGUUCUACCAGAUGACAUUUCCGACGUCGUAGAACCGUUAAUGAACGAUUUACGCGUGACAAGAACUAUAUAUAUAUUAAACGUCAGCCAGAUAAAUGUAACGGAUACAUAUAAUAUUUUGACAAAUGUUGUUAUUUUGUCAGAAAGCGGAAUUGCUCUCGAAGUUAACGAUUCUUCCUUCAUCAAUUACUGUGAAUACGAUUGCAAUUUUGUAAUAGUGUUAACAAAUCUGUUUAAUGAUAAAGAAAGCUUUUUGAUGGAAGCUGGUAUAUUUGUACAGCAAAUGUCACUGCGAUCGAUUUUUAAGCUUGAGAUAUUGGCGUCAGUCGGAGAUUCGGUUUUGCUCGCCAGCAGCCUUCCGGUCCGGACCAACGAAUCGUACGCACUUGCCGAGCCAGCAUAUUCAGGCAGAUGCGACAUCGUGGGAGCUACUGCAAUUCGAUGGCAACAUUUUGCAAAUAAAACGAAGUCAUUACUCGAUACGAGUACUGUGAAUGCGGCAAUGUUCAAUAACUUUCCAUUCACGUUUUUUAUCAACGAUAUCAAUCGUUUUGGUGGAGUCGAAGGUUCAAUGGUGGAAGAAAUUGCACAUAGCAUAAAUAUCAAACUGAAUAGAGAGAUAAUUGAAUGGACGCAGACUACGAUGCAAGCAGAAUUAUAUCUAAGACUUUAUAAUGCAACUAACGAUUUAGUGUUUGGUGGUAUCUUGUGGGAUUCCAGCCGAAAAGUGGCGUACACAACUUGUUAUGGUAUGGUGCAUAUUUCGUGGAUAGUACCCGUUGAAACAAACGUUUCUUUACGUGGUUUAAUAGCUCCAUUCAAUAAGGACAUUUGGUUCGCUAUAAUUUGUGUUCUAAUUGUUGGUGGACUUGUAAAGCUAUUUUUUAUUCGUGACAUUACAUUUUUAGAUAUUGCAGCAUUAAUUUUUGGUGUGUCAGUAUUUCGUAGGCCGACGAAAACUUCUAGCAGAAUUCAAUUCUUAUCUUGGACGGUGUUCAGUUUUUUUCUCACGCAACUUUAUUUAGGAUCGUUGGCUGAUCAUUUGAUUAGUACAUCGGAUAUGCAAAUAGAGUCUAUGGAAGAGUUGGUUAAUUCGGGGCUAAAGAUAGGCGGGACUCAACGAUUCGUGAAUUUGUUUGUAGAAGUCCCUAAUAAAGCAGACGUGGAAGAUCAUGUUGGACAAAUGAUUCGUAAGAAAGUUUUUAUUCUUAAGCAACAAGAUUAUAAUAAUCAGUUCUUGGAUCUUGUGGAGGGAAGAAAUACUAGUUUAGCUCUUCUUGUAAUGUUGAAUUUAACGAAGAAUCAUCGUCAAUCUAACAUUGGACACGGUCAUAUUAUAAAAGAGACUGUGGGCAGCUUUCCAUUGGCUUUUGUUACUCGGAAAGGUUUUCCAUAUUUAAGAGAAUUUAAUUUCAAGAUUUUAUUAUUUGUUCAAGCUGGUCUUGUUGAAUUUUGGUCAAACUUGGCAACACUGAAUAAAAUUUAUUACAAAAUGGAAGAUGAGGAAGACGAUGAUUCUAAAAUUGAUAUCAAUGAUAUCGCGCCGGCCUUUCUUCUUUUGAUUAUAGGAUAUCUUGGUGGAUGCUGCCUACUAAUUAUAGAAGUUAUUUUUUAUCCGUCCAAAUGGUUUCGAUAAAUUUAUCUUUAAACGCAUUUAUAUAAAUGGAUGACGAAUGUUUGAAUUGUCUUGCGAUUACUGUAAAUUUUAAUUCUAAACUCUGCUAUUCUUUAAAAUGCAAUAUACAAACAUGAUAAUUCAUUGCUUACUAGAUGUAUGUUGACGCGUAGUAAGCUUUGAAAAUGCAUUUUGAGAACGCAUAUAAGCAAAUUUAAAAACAUUUUAUUUAAAAAUUAAACUUUCUACAAAGAAAUGUAUACAUCUUGCACUUUUUAUUUUUUCGCAAUUACUGUAUUUUGGGUGUUACAAUAUAGACUAUAUAUCUAUAUACAGGGUAAUUAUUUAGAACAACGGACCACCUCUUGAUGUCAAUGACCUUGACAUAUAUUAUCAAGAUCAUUAUCUUGAGUAAUGUUAUAAAAGUUUUACUUGGCGCUUGUUAUUUGUUAAAAAGUUAUAAACAAAAAAGAUUUAAAAAUGUACUAUUGUUUGGUUAAUGUGAAUAAAAUUCGUUCUCCUAGAGGUACAUACACACAUACGGAGGGAGGGGUGGCCUGACUAAAAAUGCGCAAAAAGUACGGUGCGUACUUUGUUGAUAAUAAAUUACGACUUAAUUGACAUAGUUAAUUCUUAACAAAGUACGCACCGUGCUUUUGCAUACUUCUGCCUAGAGCACCCUACUAACAAGGUGAAUACGGGAGGGAAGCUGAAGGUCUCCCCCUUGCCCCACCGGUUUGUGUGUGUAAGUGUAUGUGUAUGUAUACCCCUGGGAGGACGAAUUUCAUUUCACAUUAAUCAGAAAACAAUGGUACAUUUUUUAAUCUUUUCUGUUUAUAAUUUUUUUUCUUUCCCAACUUAAAAUUGUUAUUUACAUUACUCUCUAAGCAUAAGAAGCUACAAACCGUUACAAUAAAUUUUAGCCCAUUUGAAGAUGGAGCCGUGGUUCGAAAUAAUUACUGAAAAUAUAUAUCAAAAUAAUUACAUCUCAUUUUUGAAACUUUGUUGUUUAUAAAUUUUUAACAAAUAACGAGUGCCAAGUAAAACCUUUAUAACAUUACUCAGAAUGAUUAUCUUGAUAAUAUAUGUCAAGGUCAUUGACAUUAGGAGGUGGUCCGUUAUUCUAAAUAAUUACCAUACACAGAAUAUUUUAAUUUAAGUCCAUAUUUUUUUAAGUUUUUAUUAUUUUUGUAACGAAUUUUUGAAUCAGACGUUCUUUUUGGUAUUAGGUAUUUUUUACCUAAUACCAAGUUAAGUAUUUUUGAAAUAAGUUUCAUCCCAGUAAGCAAGAAACAUCAAUCAAUGUUUUUAAAAUGUUAAUUUUAGAUAAAUUUUCUAAACAUUGUAAAUUAAUGUUUUUUAAAUAUUUUAAAAAUAUUACUUAAUAAUAUUGCUGUCCUAAUAUUAUAAAAAUAUUUUAAAAACAUGAGGCAUGUGUUUUAAAUGCUAUUAAACGUUAUAACAUAAUUUUAUAAAUAUUUUUAU